CCCGCCCCGCGGCGCUGCCUCCUGGUUGCCAUAGCAACGUGACCACGCCGAAGCGGAAGAGCUCUCGUGAACAGGUGAAAAGUUUUUUUUUCUCGACAUGAACAGACAGAAGUUCUUCACUUCCGCUGAGGUCUCAGCUCACAACACCGCCGACGACCUGUGGGUCUCGUUCCUGGGUAAAGUCUGCGACCUGACGCCCCUGAUGAACCGGAACAAAGGCGACCCUCUGCUCUUACCCAUCAUGGAGUCUGCAGGAAGUGACAUCAGCAGCUGGUUCGACCCUGAAACCAAAGACAUCCUGAAACAUGUGCAUCCACUGACUAACUGCGUGAGGUACUACACUCCCAGGGGGCGCUUCUUGCACGUCUCCCCUACUGGCCCCUGCUCUGAUUGGGCCAGCGACUUUGGCGAGCCCUGGUGGAGGGAUCGGCGCUAUGAGGUGGGACUGUUGACAACUAAAGCCAGGUGGAUAAGGGUCAUCAACACGCUGACCUCAGAGGAGCAGCAGCUGCAGGUGUGUUCAGAGGAGACUCUAGACGAGAUCCUCCAGCGUUACCUGCGCCACAACUCUCACGCCCGCAGCUACACCUGGAAACAUGACGGAGUCAGUCUGGACAUGAGCAGGACGCUCAGUGAGAACAACGUCCCUGAUGAAGACCACGAGCUCGAGGAGCUGCGACUGGACCAUGACCUCUUCAUUCCCGCCAUCCUCCUCCACUUCAACGAUGACCUCACAGAGGGAUGACCUCUGACAUCAUGAGGGCCCCAUGGACAGGUGUGACAUCACAACUCGAGUGUCACCUGACUGGAAACUGAACUGCAGCUGUGAGAAAAGUAAAUAAAUAAAAAUUGAAAGAG